GAAAACGAAGAGUGGAGGGAGGAAUAGCACAUUUGUUACCAUGGCUCGUGAGAACUCAUACUUUGACGAGGAGGAUAAUUUACGCCAAGCCCUAAACUCCUUUCAGAGCGUCACAUUCGAUGAAGACAGGUCUUCAUCAUCAACAGCAGCGGCAGUUACUAAGCUCGAUGCCGACGCUUCUGAGGUGCAGGUCACCAGCUUUACACAUGUUUUCGACGACGUUACCCUCUAUUUCCAGAUCACUCGUCUCUCUCGGCAGGUCAAUGCUGAGAAAAAGUUGGUGGAGAAGCUAAUUAACCUGGGAUACACAAAGCCAAAAUUGAACGGAUUGUCUUCAUAGGUGAAUUGAAACUUUGAAAAUCUGAAACACUAUGGAAUGGAGCUCUGCUUUGGUUCCUGGCUAUUUGAUACAGGUCAUGGACUCAUGAUAUCAAAGGCUUUUUUAGCAAGUUUCUUUGAAUCCUCGUUUCUGGGUCUGUAGGUGAUUCACUGAGAAAACAAAAUUUGGUGAAUUAUCUGCACAGUGUCUUGGUGGAUGUAAAACUCCAUCUUACCGUGUUAUCAAUCUUUUGGCGCUCUCUUUUAUGUUAGUGAUUUAUCAAAGGGGUGGAUCAAUUGGCAUAAUUGGGGAACUUUUACGUUGGGUAAACAGUUAUGUGCAUGAAUAAUAAAUAGCUUUUCUGAUUCAUCCAUUUGCAGCUUAUUUUUAUUUAAAACCAUUCUACUAAUUCUUAGUUGUCGAAAUUAUGUUACUUGUGGGAAUGAUGAUUGAUCUUUUAAUUACAAAAUUCAAGUUUCUUUCAAUACAGGACGCCUGGGGAUGCUCUAUAGGUUAAGGCAAUGGUGAUUUACCCUUAACUGCUUCAAAAGUGAGAUUAUAAGGCGAAUCGCCAUGACAGUUCCAAAUAUCCCCAAUAAUCCGCUAUUAAAAGGAAGAAUGAACUUAGUCAUUUAACACAUUAAAGAUGAUCUAUCAAUUUCUGUUAGGCAAAAGAUGAUUUUAUUAUUCUAUUUGAGAACCAGGCCAUAUGCAUUGUAAAAUAAUUGCAAUGCAGCUAGCAGGGAAGAACUCGCAGCUUUUGAAGAUUCAAGAUCAAUGCAGUUCCCAUGUCAACUAAAGGGGAGAGUGCAUAAGACACCCACAGUAAUGCAGUUUGCACACGUCAUAGGGAUGCACAUUCAACUCACAGCUUCAGAAGAUUCAUGCUAAAUGCAGUGGCAAGUUAUUCUAAAGGGCUUUGCAGCUUCAGAAGUAAUGCAAGGCAAGGACAUAUACCAAUAUAACUUGCAAGUAAAGGGUAUAUGGGAUUGACACCAAAGAAUCAGAGAAUUUAUGCUUAUUCAGGUUUUGAAAAAACAGUCAUCUUUAAGGAAAGCAUAAAAUUCUCUAUUUUUAUGGAGGGAACCUUUUGAGCUUGGAAAUCAUAGUCCUUUUGCAUUCACCUACGGGAAGAAAAAAAAGGCAAUCAGGGUACAUUGCUGUCUCCCUCUCUUUAACACAAUUAUUUUGGCAGCAUGGCUUCCAAGCCUUCCAUCGCCUGUCCUAUCUCCAAUGACCCAGAUGGAGUUGCAAAAUCUAUUUCAGAGGCACCACCAACUCAUUGCACAGUAAAAAUACAAUCAUUUUCACUACUUCAAAAAAACUCCGUGGAGAAAUAUGAGUCAGGGGAUUUUGAUGCAGGAGGUUACAAAUGGAAAUUGAUUCUCUGCCCAAGUGGAAACAAGAGCAAGAACAUAAAAGAACACGUCUCGCUGUACUUAGCAAUUGCAGACACAAGUUCUCUCUGUCUUGGUUGGGAGGUCUAUGCAGUUUUCAGGUUGUUUUUGCUUGAUCAGAGUAAUGAUAACUACAUGGUACUUCAAGAUGCAUCGGUAAAGGAAAGGCGCUUUCAUGGGUUGAAGCUUCAAUGGGGUUUCGAUCAAUUCAUCCAUCUUAAAGAAUUCAAUGAUCCUAGCAAUGGAUACCUUGUGGACGAUGAAUGUGUGUUUGGAGCAGAGGUCAAUGUUGUCAAAGAAAAAUGCUCAGGAAGAGGGGAGUGCUUAUCAAUGAUGAAGGAAGCCACUAGCUCCAAGCAUGUUUGGAGGAUCGACAAUUUUUCAAAGUUAGAUUCGGAGUAUUAUGACUCAAGAAUAUUCAGUGCUGGAGAGCAGAAAUGGAAAAUGCAGCUCUAUCCCAGAGGGAAACGCAUUGGGAUGGGAACACAUCUUUCACUGUUUUUGGCUUUGGGAGAUUCAACAACAUUUUCUCGUGGCUCUAAAGUAUAUGCAGAAUUCACAAUACGAAUCUUGGAUCAAGUACAGGCCAGACACGUUUCUGGAAAAGGAAAUUACUGGUUCAGUGCUUCGAGCCAGGAAAGUGGCUGGUCGAAAUAUAUUUCUCUUCCUUACUUCAUGCUGCCUAGCAGUGGAUUUCUGGUGAAGGAUAGUUGUUUGGUAGAAGCAGAGGUGACAGUUCUUGGAAUUGCCAAGCCACUUCAGUGAAUGUUAUGUGAAGAAAAUACCAUACCGAGUCCUACAGUCAUAUUGUAUUGGUGUUUUAAAAAUAAAUCCCCCAUCGGGUCAUUCAAAAAUCACACUCAAGAUGCAAAGACAAAUGAUAUAUGCUUGUAUACAUGUUGAUGUUAUUUCUUUUUUUCCUCCUCUUUAAGUAAAUAAUAAGUAGAAUAUCCAAAGCGAUGGCUUUAUUCACAAGCUCUCAUCUGAAGAUGAUGCAGACAGGGAUUGUAUAUGUAUGCACAGUAUUACCAUAUAGGUUGUGAAAUUUACAGAA